UGAAACUAUGACUGAGUUAUUGUCACUGAUCAAUGCUGUUUUGGUUGAAUACAAAAUGAACAAUGGAACCUUGAUCAACACAAAUGUUCUGCCUUUGAUUGAGACAACGUCGAUCUAUGUGAUGGAAUUGUUUGAGGGUAGAUAUUGUUCUAAGUUUGAUAUCCCCCGGAUCCCCCUGGAUACUAGGAUAUUUGAUCCUCUCAGUCUAGUUCUAACCCUAGUAAAGACGGCAGAUACAAACACGAAGCUGGGUGUUUAUUUGACGGAAAAAAAUCGUUACUUGCUCCGGCUCAGUGAGAAUUCAGUAUUAGAACCAAUAGAAGUGACCAACAGCGAUAUCUUUUAUAGUCUUCAGAUCAACAGAGUCAAAAGAUUACCCAGAGAUUCUAAACUUGCAACUUUGCAGAAAAUAUUUAGAUUGAAUCAGAGAGAAGACUGUGAUUCCUUCGAGGAUAUAGAUAUUGAUGAAGGAAUAAUUUCUUUUCGGAAAACUCAACUUGAGAAUAGAUUCAACUGCAACAUUCUUGCUGACAAAAACAGUGAUCUGGAAAACUGCUCAAAAAUUGACUCAACACUGUUUGAAAAAAUCUAUUUUGAAAUUUCUCAAGAAUUGAAUCCAACCUACCUGCAACCCUGCACAUCCAUGAAAUUUUACUCCAGCUCAUCUGCUCUGAUAGUUCCUACGAAUGGCAAGGAACUUCCAUCUUUGAGUAUUAUAUUCCCUAGAACUAUACUUAGGUAA